GUUGGCCCCGCCUCUCCCGUUCUCUCUUCUUCAUCGUGCGUGCGGAUUUGGGUGCCGGCUAACAAAACCACGCUGCAAAGAUGAUGGGCCGCCCGGUUCUCGUGCUUAGCCAGAAUAUGAAAAGAGAGUCUGGAAGAAAGGUCCAGACUGGAAAUAUCAACGCAGCUAAGACCAUAGCAGAUGUAAUCAGAACAUGUCUGGGACCAAGAGCUAUGAUGAAGAUGCUGCUCGACCCCAUGGGAGGUAUUGUCAUGACCAAUGAUGGCAACGCCAUUCUCAGAGAGAUCCAAGUGCAGCACCCGGCAGCCAAGUCCAUGAUAGAGAUCAGCCGCACUCAGGAUGAGGAGGUGGGAGACGGUACUACCUCUGUCAUUAUCCUGGCUGGUGAGAUGCUGUCGGUGGCAGAGCAGUUCCUGGAGCAGCAGAUGCAUCCUACAGUGGUGAUUAGUGCUUACCGGCAGGCUCUGGACGACAUGCUCAGCAUGCUCAAAGAGAUCAGCACUCCAGUUGACCAGAAUGACCGUAGCAUGAUGCUGAAGAUCAUCAACUCCGCCAUCAACACCAAGGCACUGAGCCGCUGGUCAAGCUUGGCUUGUAACAUUGCUCUGGACGCAGUGCGUACCGUAGAGCUCGAGGAGAACGGCCGCAAAGAGAUCGAUAUUAAGAAGUAUGCCAAGGUGGAAAAGGUUCCUGGUGGAAUCAUUGAAGACUCAUGUGUUCUGAAGGGAGUGAUGGUAAAUAAGGAUGUAACACAUCCUCGUAUGCGCCGCCUUAUCAAAAACCCCAGAAUUGUGCUCCUUGACUGCUCCCUUGAGUACAAGAAGGGUGAGAGCCAGACGGAUAUAGAGAUCACUCGCGAGGAAGACUUUGCAAAAAUUCUGCAGAUGGAGGAAGAGUACAUCCAGCUGAUCUGUGAAGACAUCAUCCGCCUCAAGCCCGACCUGAUCUUCACAGAGAAGGGAAUCUCAGAUCUUGCCCAGCACUAUCUAAUGAAGGCCAACAUCACUGCAAUCCGUCGCAUCAGAAAGACAGACAACAACCGUAUUGCCAGAGCCUGCGGUGCACGCAUUGCCAGUAGGACAGAUGAGUUGCGUGAGGAAGAUGUGGGAACAGGAGCUGGUCUGUUUGAGGUGAAGAAGAUUGGCGAUGAGUAUUUCACCUUCGUCACAGAGUGCAAAGACCCCAAAGCCUGCACCAUCCUGCUCAGAGGAGCCAGCAAAGAGAUCCUGGCGGAGGUGGAGCGUAACCUGCAGGAUGCCAUGCAAGUGUGCCGUAACGUGUUGCUGGACCCAUACCUGCUGCCAGGUGGUGGUGCUGUAGAGAUGGCAGUCUCCCACAGGCUGACUGAGCGCUCCAGAGCCCUGACUGGUGUGGAACAGUGGCCUUACCGUGCUGUUGCCCAGGCCCUGGAGGUUAUCCCCUGCACCCUCAUCCAGAACUGCGGUGCCUCUACCAUCCGUGUGCUCACGUCUCUUAGGGCGAAGCACACCCAGGAGGGCAGCACCUCGUGGGGCGUAAAUGGCGAGACAGGCACUCUUGCAGACAUGGUAGAGCUGGGCAUCUGGGAGCCUCUGGCUGUCAAAGCUCAGACAUACAAGACUGCAGUGGAGACGGCCAUCCUGCUCCUCCGUAUUGAUGACAUCGUGUCUGGGCACAAGAAAAAGGGAGACAAAGCAGAGCAGACAGGAGGGCAGGGAGCUGAGUAGAUGGACAUGGAAGCAUGGAAACAUGAAGGUGUAAAAAAAUGGGAGUGAAACAAGAUCAAAAAGGUGGAUGUCUAGAAUAGUUGAUACUGGUUAGUGAUGGACUGUUCUCAAAUGACCACAAUGUUUGGAUUUUUCUACAAUUAGGCCUUGAUUUAUUUAAAACUACACUCAGUCCUGUGUGUUCUGCCCCUGUGUGAGGGGAAAUAUUUAAAUGUUUAGAUUUGUGUGUUAACACCUGAGUGUGUGUAUAUCCACUCUGAUGCUUCACUCCAUACCUGUCUGCUGAGGUUGUUACCUUUUAUUUGCUACUGCUGAUAAAUUUCAAUAUCAAAUGACACUGUGUCAGGGUUGUAACAGAGGAGGAUGUCUGAGUUUGAGCUUGACAGUAUAUUUCUUUUACACUGACUUGUCUGUUUAUUGGCUCUCAUGCACGGAUGGAUGGAAUUACCAUAAUGUGCCAACAGAACCAGAAAUCACACAUUAAAUUAUGGAUUUGGCACGAAA